AUGUAUGACUUGAAAGCAGUGACAAAGCGUCUGAUACUUCAAGCGAAGAGGGAAGGCUCGGAGGAUAAUAUCUCCAUAAUCGUAGUGUUCCUGAAGGACCCCCGAGAUAUUGCCGCCCAGAACUGCCCGCCCAUGGAGCUUGGGCUGGACAACGCGGUGGUGAGCCCACCACUGCGCCCGUUCGAUGUCGACGACAAAGUCAAUACAGUGGCCGAGGCCGCUGGUGGCGAAGACAACGGCGUCUCAGAUAGCGACAGCGAGGAUUUGGGACCCGAAACGGCAGUCGACGUGGACGCUGAUGAUGGAGAUAUAGAGAUGAGGAACCCAGCACCUCCCACUCCGCCUGCACAUGCUGUGGAAGCGAGCCAAACCGACGGCAAUCUGGUGGAUAAUGUAGCUGAGAGUGGUGAAGACUCUGAGGACGAGUGGAAUUACUUCAAAGGCGAAGGCGAAUCGGAACAGAAUCCUAGUGAAGAAGCAGACGAGGCACCCCGAUCAGAGACUCCUUGUCAAGAUAAUUCUGCGUGGGAGAAUAGUUCUGUAGACAUGAAUAGUUCACCUCUAAACCCUGAUGCUCCGGUGUUUGUCCCGGGUGGAGUGGCUGGUUCUGAUGUCUUGCUGGCUCAGUCUCCACGUAAGCCUUUACCGAUGGAGGACAUUAUAGUUCCUGAUGUCAAGCAGUUUGAGACUGAAGCCGGUGGAAGACCAGCAGAGUUACAAGACUUGGAUAAUUGUGAUCAGUUGAAUGGUCACCAUAAUAUUUCAAUUGAAGGUGUUACUGCACAUCUAAAUGGGAAUACGAAAUGUGAUAUGGACAGUUUUGAAUUUAAUGGACUCGAGUCUGAAAAAAUAAAGGAUUCAAGUCUUAUCCAAGAUUUUGAAAGGAUACAAAAGGAUACUACAGACUUCUGCAAUAUACAAGUAUUUCAAACACAGAGUGAAACCAAUCCUUUCAGCAUAGAAGGCAAUAAUGAUCUUUUUGAAAGGCUUAAAAAUAAGGAAAGAGAUCCCAUGAGCAUGAGCUUUUACCAGGAGAAAGAUGAUGACACAUGUGAAAGAUUCUCCAAACUGGAAUCGCAAGUCGAUCUUAAUUCAGUACAACUACUACCAGAUAGUGACAAUGAAGACACAGAACAAAAUGGAGAUUGCCAACAUGUAGAAGAUAAAGAAAACGUUCAUCCAGAACAACACAACAAUUUAUUUUCACUCACAAACAAUGACAUGGAACCUAACAAUGAUAUAUUAAGAUUUGAUGAUAGAAAUGAUAUUACAGAAAAUAAUGUUGUUGAUGAAAAUGUGGAAUGCAAUGUUGAAUUUAACAAUAUGCAAAACUAUUCCAAUGUUGAUUUUGAAUAUAGCAAUCAGGAGAAUGUCAUACCAACAGACACGCCUGAAUCUCACAAAUUACUUUUUGAACAAAUUCCUGAAAUACCUGAUGGUAAAAGUUCAGAAUUAGGUUUUAGUAAUGAUGAUCUGUUAGAUCCAUCCGAAAGUGAAAAAGAUAAUAUAACACCACAAGAUUUGUCUCAAGAUGAUGAAAUGGAAAUGAACCAGGAAGAUACUGAAAUGCAAAAUGAUAUACCAUUUGAAGCCAAUGAACAUAUGCAAACAUUCAUUGAGCAUUCAGCAGAUAUCAUUGAAAAAGAAAGUGAAUUUGUUUCUGAAUUAGAAUCCGAUAAUCUUACACCAGAACCAACAGAGACAACCAAUUUCAAUAGAUUAAACUCUGAAGGAAUUGAAAACAAUAUAAUUGUAGAUGUCCACCAGUCUGAAAAAGAUGUGGACGAGUUUGAGACUGAAAAUAAACAAUAUGAUUGUAAUGAAUUAGUUGAUAAUGAAGAGGCGAUUUUGGACACCCCAAAAAUCACUCUAGAUAGUGGUGAAGUUCCAAUAUAUGAUACAUUAUCAACAAAAACUCCAGAGCCCAUAGAUUUUAUAACACAUUCUCCCCUUCCAGAGUCGGAUCAAAAUGAUAAAAAUAUAACACAAAAGGAAGAUUCGUUGCCACGACAGUCGCCAUUGCCAGAUGAUGUUCUUUCCAAGUCACCGGAACCUUCUGAAGCAGUCUCCGAUGGCCUUAUGUUGGGUGAUUCAUCUGUUAUUGCGCAAUCACCUUUACCUUCACAAUCACCUCUCGUUCCCGAGGAAAUACAUUCGCCCAUUCCACCCCAGGAUAUACCGCUAGUUCCUGCAGAAGUACCUUUACCAAGAGAGUCACCCGCUCCUUCUGAAUCGUCACUUAUGGAUGAGCCUGAACACCGAUCACCUCUUCCAGUGGAAAACUCAAUUCUCCAACCAUUAGAAGAGCCAGUUCAAAAGGAUUUGCCCCUAGAAACCAGUGCUUUAGAAAGCGAAUUUUCGCUCCAGGAAUUAGGUCCUAGCAAGUCUCCUGAACCGCUUAUGGAAACAGUUUCAAAGGAAUCUUUUCCUACUGAGUCUCCUCUCCCUGUUGAGGAAUCGGUUCUUGACGACACCCUUUCAAUUAAUGAAAUAACUACACCUAGGCAUUCACCAUUCCCAGUUGUACCAAGGGAGUCUCCAUUGCUGGCACAAAAGGAAUCUUUAGAAGACAUGUUAACAAGAGAUUCACCUAUUACUGAACAGGAAUCCGAAUCUGUAGUAGCAGAAUCACCUAUUCCUGAACAGGAAUCAAUGACAUCAGAAUCACCAAUUCCUAUACCGGAGUCAGUAGUGAGAGAAUCCCCUGCUCCUUCACAGGAAUUGAAAGCAAGAGAAUCACCUGUUCCUUUACAAGAGUCGGAAAUAAGAGAAUCACCCAUUCCAGUACAGGAAUCAGUAGGAACUGAAUCACCCGUUCUUGUACAGGAAUCUUUAGCAAGAGAUUCGCCUGCUCCGCUACAGGAGGAAUCAGUAGCAAGAGAAUCACCCAUUCUAUUGCAGGAAUCGGAAGCGAGAGAGUCUCCUAUUCCAGAAGAGCAGCCUCCUGUAAAAACACCUCUUCCUGAUAUACGUGAUUCAAUACCGCAAGAUGUGCCCGUGGAGUCCCUAGGAGAUUCGAUAUUACCAAACGAUGUCGUACAAAAUGAUCUACUCGUAGAAAGUUGCGUCGCGGUCUCGAGCGAGAUUCCGAACCACGAGGAGCAAAUUCGACCUGCGACAACUCCGCCACCCACGCCGGCAAUCCUGAUCGACCAAACACAGAGCGACGCACCCAUCGCGGCCCCACUCGACCCGUUGGCCGCUACAGCAUUAGCCGGUGCCGUCGCCGCCGCCGCUGCGGCCACCGCUGCCGUAACCUCGUCUAAAACCGCUGUCAAAAAACCUUCUCUCACCCCCACCGCUCGGCCGAAAACCGCCCCCAAAACUCCCGCUAAGUCGCCCGCCUCCGCGACGAAGCGACCGACUUCGUCCACGACUCCGCGAGCGACGGCGCCGAAGGCCCCCAUCCCCGCCUCCGCCAAACCUUCCCCCAAGGCCUCUUCCCCGACGAAAGCCGCCAAACCGCUCGCCCCGGCCGCCGCUAAAACUGCACCUCGUCUUGCUGCGGCUCGACCGGCGACUAAGGCACCUGCGCCUAAGCCGCCCACCGCCGCCAAAACGACCUCGGCCGCUUCCAAACCCCCGAGUGCGGCUCCUAAACCCCCGAGUGCGGCUCCCAAACCCCUCAGUGCAGCUCCUAGAGCUCCGGCCGCAAAACCCGCCCCGCGACCAGCUACGGCUAAACCCGCCGCACCCGCUCCUAAACCGCCCGCACCCAUCACCAGACCCGCGCCCAUUUCGGCGAGAACUGUCACCAAAACAACCACCGCAGCGAAGACCACUGUCGCGGCGUCCAAGCCCAAGGCACCCGAGAAGAAGCCGUUGACGAACGGUGACGUGAAACCAGCGGCCAAACCAGCUCCAAAAGCCGCGCCCGCCGCUCGCCCCGCGCCCCGCCCCGCCCCGCGAGUGCCUGCCGCUGCUCCCGCUAAGCCUGCAGCAGCAAAACCAACACGUACAGUACUCGACAAACAGAGUAAAGACCUCGCCAACAAACGCAUCACAGCUAAGACUGCUCCACCCAGGACUGCACCCGCUAAGAGCAACGUGGCAAACAAAACAGCAGUGAAGAGCGUACCCAGGAAGGAGCUCGCCAAACCCGAGAUCAUCCCGAACGGAAUAAACGGCUCCGAGGAAGUGAGCAAGCCUCCCUCCAGCCCGCCCAUGGACAACGCGCUGUUGCCGGAUGUCAUCGCGUGA